AUGUCUGAUGAAGAAGGACAAGAUGGACAGGAGCUUGUGACCAAGCCCUUCAAGUUCGUCACUGCCGGUACGCCGUCGCUCAAGUCGACAAACCUCGAUCGCAUCGUCGCAUUCGACGCAAUUACCAAGCACUGUUGGCAGAACUACGUCGACUACCACAAGUGCAUUAACGCCAAGGGCGAGGAUUUUGCUCCCUGCCGUCAGUUCUGGCUCGCCUACCGAUCUCUGUGCCCCUCCGGCUGGUACACGCGCUGGGACGAGCAGCGCGAGGCUGGUAACUUUCCCGUCAAGCUCGAUGCUUAA